AUGAGUAAAUUGGAUAGAUAUCUAGUUAAUGAUUUGUUUUUAAGUUAUUGGCCGAAAGCUAAGGUGGAGGUCCUUAAACGUGGGAAUUCAGAUCAUUGUCCGAUAGUGUUAUCUUGUGUUUCCUCUGAUUUUGGCCCAACCCCGUUUAAAUUUUUUAACUAUUGGAUUGGGGAUAGCAAAUUGGAUGAUAUUGUUAAUGGGACAGUGAACUUAAGGGGCAGUGGUAUUAGAAAGGACCUGAUGCUGGCUUAUUGUCUCAAAGGAGUCAAAGCAGAAAUUAAAAAAUGGAGGGUAGCUGUAAAUUUGGCAGAAAAAAGGGAGUUAAAGGAGAUUAUAGACAAAAUUAAGAGUAUCGAGAAUAAUGCGACUAAGGGGCUUAUAUCCGAUGCUGAUAAGAGUUUAAGGGUGGAUCUGCGGGUUAAAGCAAAUAAAAUCGAAAUGGCGAAAAUAAAGGACCUCCAACAAAAAGCGAGGGUGAAGUGGUUGAAACACGGCGAUGAGAACAACUCUUUUUUUCAUAAGGCUGUCUCGAUUAACUUGGCCAGAAAUCGGAUUAAUGGGCUGAUUUUUAAUGGAAUCUUAUUUCGGAUCCGGGCGAGCUAA